UUGGGGUUGAAACAGAAAUAUUAAGCCUGAAGAAGUUUCUUUGGACUUGGGAGUCUACAAUGGCCAUUUGACCAGCAUUUUGGAGGAAGUGGUGCUCGCAGAGUUUGAAGGCAUAAAUGAGUCCUGGUGAGGUCAUAUUGUGACUGCUGGAGGAAUACCCCGUUUCUGGGUCAUAUGCAUGGGCUCUGCCGUGAAAGGAAGCAAACAAGAACAUGUCAGACACUUCCUUCUCUUGGUGAGCACUCCAGGCACAGCAGUCUCUGCUGUCCUAAUUGUGUCCUGUCCUCCUCUCGCCAGAGCCAACAGCCCAGUCUCAAGUAGGCAUCCUUUAGGCUCAUCUGCCACCUUGAACAUGAACACAGGCCACGCCGAUGAUAGCCAGGGUUCCCAAGGGACAUGGGGCCCUGGAGGGUCCAGCCCCCAGAAGCAGGUCCUCUCAUGAUGUUGGUGUCCGGGACUGAGCACCAUGCCCAUCACCCAGGACAAUGCCAUGCUGCACCUGCCCCUCCUCUACCAGUGGCUGCAGAACAGCGUGAGGGAGGGCGGGGAUGGCCCCGAGCAGCGGCUCUGCCAGGCGGCCAUCCAGAAGCUGCAGGAGUACAUCCAGCUGAACUUUACUGUGGAUGAGAGUGCAGUCCCGCCUGAGCACAGCCCUCCGGGGAUGGAGAUCUGUACCGUGUACCUCACCAAGGAGCUGGGGGACACAGAGACUGUGGGCCUCAGUUUUGGGAACAUCCCUGUUUUCGGGGACUAUGGAGAAAAGCGCAGAGGGGGAAAGAAGAGGAAAACCCACCAGGGCCCCGUACUGGACGUCGGCUGCAUCUGGGUGACAGAGCUGAGGAAGAACAGCCCGGCAGGGAAGAGUGGGAAGGUCCGACUGCGGGAUGAGAUUCUCUCCCUGAAUGGGCAGCUGAUGGUCGGAGUUGAUGUCAGUGGGGCCAGCUACCUGGCUGAGCAGUGCUGGAAUGGCGGCUUCAUCUACCUGAUCAUGCUGCGCCGCUUCAAGCACAAAGUCCACUCUCCAUAUAACGGCAGCAGCAGCAACAGCUCUGAACCAGGAGAGACCCCAACCUUGGAGCUGGGUGACCAAACUGUGAAAAAGGGAAAAAGAGCAAGAAAGUUUGGGGUCAUUUCCAGGCCUUCUACCCACAAAGCCACUGAGGAACCCAAGAGCAAUACUGGCGGUGAGCUGGACAAUGACCCCAUCUCUGAGCUGGACAACGGCCCAGACCCUGAACUCGGCAACGGUCAUGCUUUUGAGCUAGAAAAUGGCCCAGAGUCUCUCAAGGAGCUGGCUGGAUCCCAUCUAGAUGGGUCAGAAGUAGACAGCGGGACAGAGCCUAGAAUUCCAAAGACAGAUGCUGCUCUACCUACAAGCAAUGACCAACGUCGCUUCUCAAAAUCUGGGAAGACAGACUUCCAGUCAAGUGACUGCCUGGCACGGGAGGAAGUUGGCCGGAUAUGGAAGAUGGAGCUGCUUAAAGAGUCGGAUGGGCUGGGAAUUCAGGUUAGUGGAGGCCGAGGAUCAAAGCGCUCACCUCACGCUGUCGUUGUCACUCAAGUGAAGGAAGGAGGUGCCGCUCACAGGGAUGGCAGACUGUCCUUAGGAGACGAGCUGCUGGUAAUCAAUGGUCACUUAUUGGUGGGUCUCUCCCAUGAGGAAGCUGUGGCUAUUCUGCGCUCAGCCACUGGAAUGGUUCAGCUGGUGGUAGCCAGCAAGGAAAGCUCCACAGAGGACCUCCUGAGGUUAACAUCUAAGAGUUUGCCUGAUCUGACCAGUUCAGUAGAGGACGUGUCCUCUUGGACUGACAACGAAGACCAGGAGCCAGACGGGGAAGAGGACGAAGGACCUGGCUCUUCCGUCCAGGGAGCAAUGCCUGGGACAGAUGAGCCCCAAGAUCCGUGUGGCCCCGAGGAUUCCAAGGGAAACCUGGAAAGUCCCAAGCAGGGCAGCAGUAAGAUGAAACUCAAGAGUCGUCUUUCAGGGGGUAUACAGCGCCUAGAGUCUGUUGAAGAGUAUAACGAGCUGAUGGUGCGAAAUGGGGACCUGCGGGCCAGAAUGUUGGAGGUCUCACGCGAUGGCCGAAAGCACUCUCUUCCCCAGCUACUGGAUUCUACGGGAACAUCACAGGAAUACCACAUUGUGAAGAAGUCCACCCGCUCCCUGAGCACCACUCAGGUGGAAUCUCCUUGGAGACUCAUUCGGCCCUCGGUCAUCUCUAUCAUUGGCCUAUACAAAGAAAAAGGCAAGGGCCUUGGCUUUAGCAUUGCUGGAGGUCGAGACUGCAUUCGAGGACAGAUGGGGAUUUUUGUCAAGACCAUUUUCCCAAAUGGAUCGGCUGCAGAGGAUGGAAGACUUAAAGAAGGGGAUGAAAUCCUAGAUGUAAAUGGGAUCCCAAUAAAGGGCUUGACGUUCCAAGAAGCCAUCCAUACCUUUAAGCAAAUCCGGAGUGGACUGUUCGUCCUAACAGUGCGCACAAAGUUACUGAGCCCGAGCCUCACGCCCUGCUCCACACCCACACACGUGAGCAGGGCCAGCUCCCCCAACUUCCACACCAGUGGGAGCAGCCCAGCAGCAGGUGCAGGUUCCGAUGAAGGUGGCUCUUCCUCCCUGGGUCGGAAGGCCCCCGGGCCCAAGGACAGAAUUGUCAUGGAAGUCACACUCAACAAAGAGCCCAGAGUUGGAUUAGGCAUUGGUGCCUGCUGCCUGGCUCUAGAAAACAGCCCUCCCGGGAUCUACAUUCACAGCCUUGCCCCAGGAUCGGUGGCCAAGAUGGAGAGCAAUCUGAGCCGCGGAGAUCAAAUCCUGGAAGUGAACUCAGUCAACGUCCGCCAUGCUGCUUUAAGCAAAGUCCAUACCAUCCUGAGCAAAUGCCCCCCAGGACCUGUUCGCCUUGUCAUUGGCCGGCACCCUAAUCCAAAGGUUUCCGAGCAGGAAAUGGAUGCAGUGAUAGCGCGCAGCACGUAUCAGGAGAGCAAAGAGGCUAGUUCCUCGCCUGGCUUAGGCACCCCCUUGAAGAGUCCCUCUCUUGGAAAAAAGGACCCCCUGAUUUCUGACCCUGAGCCCUCCCAGCACUUUGCCCCCGGCAUCCCAGGCUCCCUGUCAGACUUCGUGGUGGCCGGCUCCGAGGACGAGGACCACCCGGGAAGUGGCUGCGGCACCUCCGAGGACGGUGGCCUGCCACCCAGCACCUCCGCUCACAAGGAGCCAGGAAAACCCAGGGCCAACAGCCUCGUGUCCCUAGGAAGCCACCGCGCCUCGGGGCUCUUCCACAAGCAGGUGACGGUCGCCAGACAAGCCAGUCUCCCUGGGAGCCCGCAGGCGCUCCGAAACCCUCUGGUCCGCCAACGGAGGGUGGGCUGCUACGACACAGACGACGCCAGCGAUGAGGGAGAGUUUGACGGCGAAGGGGACUGCAUUUCCCUCCCAGGGACCCUCUCUGGUCCCAGCAGGUCUCUGCCAGAGGACGACUGUAGGCGGGUCUUGAUGACCUCUUCCAAGGUCUCGAGUAUCAACAACCAGGAGGACCAUCCCCAGAAAACCCUGGUCAGCAAGGCCUCCUCAGUGCCUCUCCUUGGCAGCUCGCUGGACUUAGAGGAGAGGGUCCCAGAGGGCGUGGGGGACACUCCUUCCCUCUCAGCCCACCUGCUGGCCUCUGCAGCGGCCCCCAAGGGUGGGCCUGGCUGCUCAGGGAAGAAGGAACUACCAGGAUCGAGGAGCUCCCCCAAAUUGGAAUACAGAGCUGACGCGGGCACCCAGAAUCUGGUGGACACAGGUGCCUCCAGGUGUCCCCAGCAGAAGAAUGACAACCUAGGCUCCAGGCACAAGCCAGUGGCCAGGGUCAGCCCACACCACAAGAGGCCCGAGGCCAAUGCCAAGCCCAGCAACUCCGAGACUGUAAACCUGGCUGAUGGAGCCGGUGACCCAUGUGUCCAGGCCACUUCCGGCAGAGAGACCAGGACUGCUUUUCAUCCCGGCGGAACUGCGGAGAAGGAAUCUCUGGGGAAGGUGACCGUCGAGGAUGGCCAUGUCCCACCCCACCCAGACGCUGGCCACCGCAUAGAGAACCUGCCAGACGCUGCCCCGGAGCAGCCCAGGACAGGACUGGAUGGCCCCCCAGAUCCCGUCCCUGCCCCAGAGCAGAAAGGCGCAGCUCACUCUGAGCCCAGCAAGACCUCCAUGGACACGGGGCCAGCAAGGCGGCCUGAGGACCGCGGAAAGCUAGUGUCACCUGAGUCUGAGGACAGAUGUCAUGUGAGACUCGCCCGGGAGUGCAGCGCCUCCCCAGGGAAGAUGGCAGAGGCUCGCUGUGACCUUGGCAACCCUCCAGCCGCCCCAGAAGCCAACUCGCCCGGGAAGGCAGCUGCCCACAGGGACACAGGACCCGAGGCUGAGGCAGCGUGUGCAGCUAGUGCCGUCCCGUCUCCAGACCGCCCGGUGUCCCAGGAGGAGAGACAGACAGGUCCCGGUCACCACAGCCAGGCUCUGCAAGCAACAGGCGGUGGCGUGCCUGCAAACUCCCUGGGCUCCGCUCUGCUCAAGGGGACAGACUCUGUGUCCCAGAGGGCCCUGCAGGCCAGCCCCGCCCCGCCGUCACCCACUGACGAGGCUGAAGGGGCGUGUGGCGGUGUCUCGGGACACUGCUGCCCCAGGGAAAGCGGGGGCAGCCCUGUGACUGACAUCGACACGCUCAUCAAGGAGCUGGAUGCUUCUGAACCAAGACUUCAGUCUCCUCAGAAAGGGGACCGGUUGAGUCAAGUGGGACGUUCUCAGGGUCAGCCUCCAGCAGGCCCUGGCAGUGGGAGCCCCCACCCUGCCGAGCAAGCCCUGGGGGACCAGACCCCCACCCCGCGGAGGGCCUGUGCUGCUGGCCAGCCCCCUCCCCCACAGUGGGCCUCCCAGCCUUCGGUUUUGGAUUCCAUUAAUCCUGACAAACAUUUUACUGUGAAUAAAAACUUUUUGAGCAACUACUCUCGAAAUUUUAGCAGUUUCCAUGAAGACAGCAUGUCCCUGUCGGGCCUGGGUGACAGCACGGAGCCCUCUCUCUCCUCCAUGUACGGUGAUGCUGAGGACUCAUCCUCUGACCCUGAAUCGCUCACCGAAGCCCCACGAGCUUCCGCCAGAAACAGCUGGUCACCUCCUCCUUCUCAGGGAUCUUCUCACAAGGAAGACACCACAGAGUCUGAGGAGGAGCAAGUUGAAAUUUGUUCUGCAAACGGUUCCCCCAACCCACCUCCAGCUGCUGCUCACGCACCUGCCCGGGCCGCGCCCUGCCCCGUGUUGGCCACAGUUCUGCCAUUAAAGCACAGCGCCCUGAGUCAGGUGGUGGGCAACCCGUGCGAGAGAGCAUCCUUUGUGCCAGGAGCCACAUGCCCUCCAAUCCCAGACUCCUCCCAGCCAUUCUCUCUCUCGGAUAUAAGCUCUCGGGAGCAUGAACUUCAUGCGGACGUGAGGAUUUUACAGAACCCCAGGCCCUCAUAUGGAGAGGCCGCCGUGGACGCCACCGGUGCUGGCUCAUCCGUGGAGAACGGCCGGCCUCCUAGAGCGGCCGCACGUUUUCGCAGCCCUCCGGUCACUCUUGGCGAUCUGAAUAUGGUAAAUGGUUUCAAACAUGACUUGCUGGGUGUCGAAACCCCAAAUAAAAAACAAGAGACCAACACCAACACACCCGAAAAUCAGUCCCCCUUUAGUGUGCAUGUCGCUAAGAAUGGGGAAUCUGUUUUGAAGAACCUGCAUAUCUCUGAAAGUCCGGAGCUGGAUGACUUGCUACAGAAGCCAAAAAUGGUUUCCAGGAGGCCCAUCAUGGCCUGGUUUAAAGAAAUAAAUAAAAAUAGCCAAGGGAUGCAUUCACAGGGCAAAACUGAGAAGGAACAACCCAUGGCGCCCCCCAGAAGCCCUGACUCCAAAAGCCACGGGUUGAGUUCCAGCCACAGGAAGGGGGGCGCUGUGCCUAAUAGCUCCCCGCAGCUGAAAGUGAACCUGGACAAUAAAGACUCACCUAAAAAAAGCUCCAUGGAAACACUCCUAAGUAACUCUCAGAAACCCAAAUCUGGCCCUAAGCUGAAGAGACUGAGCAUCAAAAGCAAAAGCAAAGUCACUUCCGAGGCCCCUGCCGCUCAUGUGGCCAAGGCUGGUGGGACAGAUCCCAGGAAACCCCUCAUCUCACCCCAGACCUCCCACAAAAUGCUCUCGAAGGGAGCAUCAAACCGGUUCCACAUAGCUGACCACGAGGAGCCUGACAAAAACCUCGCGGCCACCCCCAGGUCCCUCCAGUGCGUGCUGGAGAGCAGGCGGCCUGCUGCCCCCGGGCCACUGAAGCUGUCGGCUUCGGAAACGAGCAUCACAGGGUUCGUUUCGCCCCACGCACCCCCCAGGACUGUCCCUGAACAGGGUGCGAGCGGUAGGUCCCACGUGGCUUUCCACUCGGACCCUGCCCCCAGAUCUCCCAAGUGUGGGCCAGAGACCAGGGCUCCCCCCGGGGCCUCGGGGGGCAGCGUGCCCACAGCCACAGACGGCCAAAGCGAGCGGCACACGGCCAGCCAACUGGAUUCAGCACCAGAAGCAGCCCGACCCGGGGAGACCAGUGACAAAGGAGGCAGAACAAUUACUGGUGACCCCCUAGAAAGAACAAACCAGCUGAAAAUAGUUGAAAUUUCUUCCGAAAGAAUGCCCAAGAACACAUGUGGUGACAAGCCUGCUGAGAGCGACAGACUAGGAGGGUUCUUGGCCCAGAGCAACUGUCAGAAGAGUGAGAUCAGGUUCUGUCACCAGUUAGGGGAGACGUCCCCAAGUCACCCACCGUCACUCACAUCCCGUGCGUACCAGGUGGAGGAAACCCAGCGAUGUUUCGGUGUGGCAAAACUGGCUUCCUCCUCCUCCUCCCCACAGCUGCCUACUAGGAAGGCAGAUUCCUCGCAGGGGAAGAUGAGCCAGGGGUCAGGCUCCCUCGGGGUCACCAAGAACGGCACACCAGCGGGCCCCGUGCCAGACGACCAUCCGUACUUCACACCAAGGCCAGCGACCAGGACCUACUCCAUGCCAGCUCAGUUUUCAAGCCAUUUUGGACGGGAAGGGCCUGCUCUACACAGCCCAGGUCGCCCUCACCGGGACAGCCAGAUCCCUGCAACAAGUGGGGGCCUCGCCGAGGCCAAGGCGGCCAGAGCUGGUGGUCUUGGCCUGGCUAACGGACAGGGCGUGUACAGCGUCAAGCCCCUCCUAGAGACAUCGAGGAACCUUCCAAUGACAGACGAAGGGGAUGUCCUUUCAGCACGAGAGACGGGCUGCCUGGUCACAGACAAAAUCAAAGUCACGAGAAGACAUUACUACUCUGAGCAGAACUACGAAUCUACCUCAUUUUUCUCUGUGAAGCAGAGGAUCAAGUCUUUUGAGAACCUAGCCAAUUCUGACCGGCUGGUGGCCAAGUCUGGGGUGUCUCCUUUUUUGUCGGCAAGCUCCAAGCCUCCCAUUGGGAGACGGUCAUCUGGCAGCAUUGCCUCUGGGAGCCUCAGCCACGCUGGGGACCCAGCAGCAAGGUCACUGAGACGCAGCCUGAGCUCCUGCAGUGAAAGCCAAAGCGAAGCCAGCACCCUGAUCCCCCAAAUGACCAAAUCCCCAUCCAGCACGGCGUUGACAAUCUCCCGGCAGAACCCAGGGGAGGCCAGUAGCAAGGGCCCUGACUCGGACCCAAAGAAAUCACUUAGUCCUUCUGGAAUUCCCACCCCAGCCAUGACCCCAGCCUCUCCGGUCAAGAGGAACAAGUCCUCAGUGCGCCAUGCCCAGCCCUCGCCCUUGUCCCGCUCUAAGCUCCAGGAACUGAGGGCCUUGAGCAUGCCCGACCUCGACCGGCUCUGCAGCGAGGACUUCUCCGCAGGGCCGACAGCCGUGCUCUUCAAAACCGAGCUGGAGAUCAUCCCCAGGAGGUCGCUUGGCUCUCCCGCCGGAGGCCUCAAUGGGUCCACUGCCCUUUCCUGCCCCAUGAAGCGGGGGGACAGGGCCUGUCCGGCAGGAAGCAGCCCGAAGGCCAGUGAGCCUAGGGCACCCAGUCCAGCCCAUCAUGUGGGUGAAACCACCCAGGAUCUGCCUUCUGGAAAAGGCUGGUCAGUUAAUUUGGAUCAACUUCUAGUCUCAACAGGAGACCAGCAAAGAUUACAGUCUGUUUUAUCCUCAGUGGGGUCAAAAUCGACAGUCCCCGCUCUCAUUCAGGAAGCGAAAGCACAAUCAGAGAACAAAGAAGAUGUUUGCUUCAUCGUCUUGAAUAAAAAAGAAGGCUCAGGUCUGGGGUUCACUGUGGCGGGAGGAACAGAUGUGGAGCCAAAAUCAAUUGUGGUGCACAGGGUAUUUUCUCAGGAAGGGACCGUGAUCCCUGGGGAUUUCCUCUUAUCAGUCAAUGGCGCCUCACUGGCUGGCUUGGCCCAUGGGGAUGUCCUGAAGGUUCUGCACCAAGCACAGCUGCACAGAGAUGUCCUCGUUGUCAUCAAGAAAGGGAAAGAGCAGCCCAGGUCCGCCACCAGACAGGAAGCCAACGGGAGGGGCUUGCUAUCCAGAAAGGCCAGCCUCCUGGAGCCCGCAGCAGGGAGAGGUGGAUCUUCCCACGAUGCUCUGUGUGUUGAAGUGCUGAAGACCUCCGCUGGCCUGGGACUGAGUCUGGAUGGAGGAAAAUCCUCGAUGGCUGGAGAUGGGCCCCUGGUCAUUAAAAGAGUGUACAAAGGGGGCCCAGCUGAGCAAGCGGGAACCAUAGAAGCUGGAGAUGAAAUUCUCGCCAUUAAUGGGAAACCCCUGGUUGGCCUCCUGCACUUUGAUGCCUGGAAUAUUAUGAAGUCUGUCCCAGAGGGACCUGUGCAGUUAGUCAUUAGGAAGCACAGAAAUGCUUCCUGAAACCGUCAUGAGUACUGACACGCAGUGGCCAUGCUUGUUACAUUUUUGAACAAGCAUCUCCUUUUCACAGUUCCUUUACUUGAGCAAAUCAGAGUAACUUCUUCAAACGCCGGGUUCCCAAAACAACCCAGGAACACGGAUACAGGCAAAGACUACAGACAUCUCCACGUUUUGACAUUGACGUGAAGCUGACCUCGGGAAGCCUUCGACCUUGACCACCUAGGCUAGGAGGGACCCUUUCGUUCCAGUGCCUGUCCCCUCCGCUCAUGUUUACCGAUGGGGAUACGAGACGUGGCGUGCCCUUUUUCAUCUGAAACAAUUACCUGGACCUCCUUGCCUCCUCUCGCACCGUACCCACUCCUGGCGGUUAGCGGGGUAACCAGGUCCCAGGGGGCGACACAAAUGUCACAACUAAAAGGACUAUGGUUUUAUAUAAUUUUGUAAGUAAAUAACAGUGCUUUUAGGCACAUUCAGUGGAAGGAGCUGUGGGUCUGUAUUCUUACCAUGAAAAGAAAAUGAGACUAAAAUGAAAGAAAAGAUCAGUUAUGACCUAACAGUUAAGCUGAGCUCAGGAAUUACCAAAAAUGAAAAAGUACAGAAAUACAGAAAGUGAUAUAUUUUAGUGAGUGUAAUGUGCAAUGUAUGGAUGCAGAGUUCAACUCGGUCAACCAUCAAGUGCUGAUCAUGAUCUACAAGUGUAAGUCAUAAGGCUAUUUUGCAGAAAUGCCAUUCUGAUAAACCGCACUAACUAGCCAUGAACUUUGCUGCUUAGAGCGAGCAGAAAGUUCCAGCUCUGAAAGCACCUUGCAUCUAGUUUGGAACUUGUCUUGAAUAAGUGCUUCGAUUCAAGACCAGUCAACACAAGAGUGGGCAGAAAGAUCAUAGUCACUGGCUUGCCAUUUCUCUAUUUUAUGCACUCCAACCACUAAUUUAAGCCAAAUUUUUAGAAAUCUUUUUAGUACCCUUGGAUUUAUAAACAUAGGCAUUACAUUUACAAUCCAAAUGGAGCAGCUUAAAAACAAUCCUUUAGGGGACUUUCGUUUGGCUGGCUGUUUGUGUUCCCUUUUCCCAACAAGCUUAAGAAACAGAACCUCUCUGAAGCAUUGGACCUCUUCCUGACCCGGGUGUAAUAUGACGGCUCUGCAGUGAGUAAAGUGUUUGCGGGUUUUGUUUUCCUGUUUUGCAAAUUCUUCUUUUGCCAAAACCGUUUCCCUACAGAGAACUGCUGUGGCUCCUACUGCCUGUGACGCUCGUCCUGACUGCUCUCCUUUCAAAGCAUGACUUGUUUGUGUGGCUGUUCCCAUUCAAUGUGCUGUUCCCGGUCACAAAACUGGCUUUUCUCCUUCUAUAGCACCUUCUUUUCUUAAAUUCCAAACCUUCACCAGCUACAUUUACCAAGAUGUAAAACGAAGAAAAUGGAGAACAAGGGUGAGUCACUCUUUGAGGUUUACGUAAAGCAGAACUAUGUAGUUACGAACCAGAUCCAAGGGUGACACCGGCCAGCGGAUCGAGUCCCGGAAGUAUGGGUGAGAAUCAGAAGCUGCCCGCGGGAGGACGCCGAGGUUUCGUGUCGGGACUUCUAGGAACCUGCAGCUUGGGGCUGUGGCUCAGAGAAAAGAAUAGAGGUCACUGUACCUGCUCCCCCGAUCCUAGAGGUGCUUUCUCACCUUUGUACAUCACUUUUCCAAGUGACUGAUCCCAGUAAAUCUCUGUCAAGUCGGCCCACGGGGCCCUCAGACAGGAAUGAAGUGUCUGGCUGGUGUGAGCCCAGAUUUCUCCUUUUCCCCCCAAUAGGUUAUAUACAAAAGAGAAUGCCGUACAAGAGUUAGCUUCUACUUUUCACUACAGUUCCAGGUAGGAAACUAUAGGCAGUCAGUGCAAGGUGCAUGCUAGAUUGUUUUUAAGUCUCUGGGGUCAGUUUUGUGGUUUCUGCUUUCUUGCCUAAAUGGUAAGAGAAUACUUGCCUCCCCUCUUCUAGCUGUGCCUACCGGUAAGAGACUCACAAUCCUAUGCGAACAGACAGGAAUUCCUAGAGAAUGUGGAGCAAUGGGACAGUCUCCUUCCACGAGUCCCUGGUCGUUGUUUCUGAAGAGUGUAGAGGGCAGACCUUUGGCUCACUCAACUACGUUAAAGUCAUCAGCCAUUUCUAGAUCUUGUGAGUUCCCUGGUCAACAGUUGGAAUUUAAGGGAGAAAGCAAAAGGCUAAAUAUCUCUGACCCUUAGAAAGCUACUUCUUUGUCUUCAGUGUUCAAGGCAUGACUAGUGUUUCUGAUUAGUCUAAUCCCCACACUUCCUAACGUGAGCACUAAUGGUUUUCUAGUAUCCUACUAACACUUUCAUUGUUUGGGGUUUUUAUUUAACUCGUCAGUCACCCACAGUAAGCUAUGAGGGUGAACACGUGUUACAACAAGUAAAUUGUAGUUGAAAGGAUAUUCUGUGAAGGUUGAAGUAAGUCGGGUUUCAUUUCUGUCCUUCCACACAUCUCAUUUGAUUUUAUGGUUGACUUAAUUGGCACCACACCUGUUGUAUGAUAAUAUACAUUACCUUUUAUUUAUGUAAAAUAAAAUGCCUUAUAUAUUAAAGAGUAAGUGCAAUAAUAUGAAAUAGCCUGUACAUUUUUAAAAUGUUGUUGCCAAGUUAUGUAAAUCCACAUCUCUGUAAACAACCUUUUUUAUGUAAUUUUAAAAAAAUAAACACUCUGCUUACUA